GCGCAGAGACUCCAGAUCACAUCGUAGCUGAAGGAAGAAGGAAAUAACUAAUGAACACACAACCAGCUGGUGCCUGACCUGCAGAUUUCAAUGGACUGGCCCCUUCUUGUAGUUUUCCAAGUGUUACUUCAGCCCUCUCUCUCAGUCUUGUUUACUGUGGAGGCAGAGCAAAGCCAGUACAUGUCAGAGUUUGAAGGAAGUGUUGUGAUGGGCUGCAAGUUCAAUCCCAAACCGUCCUAUCCUCAUUCUGACCUGAACGUGACCUGGCACUGGAUUACCUCCAGCUCAGUUGAGGACGUGAUCCGGCUGGACAAUGGAGUGGAGCACUCAACAUCUCCAAAGUAUCAGGGACGAGUGCGGCUUCUGACUGAGGAGCUGAAGGAAGGCUGGGCUAAGCUAAAGAUGUCCAGGCUCCAGAUCAGUGAUGCUGGGACGUACCAGUGUGUGGUUCAUUCAGCAGAUGGCGCUGACUAUAAAACUAUAACCUUGUCUGUUGAAGCAUCUUAUAAACUAGUAACUAAACACAUUGAGAGGGCUGCAGAGGGCAAUGAGGUGCUGAUAACCUGCCAGUCUGAGGGAUACCCCGAGGCUCCUGUUGAGUGGCGGAAUGGACAGCUGAAGAGAUUCAAUCCCAACACCACUGUUGAAUCAACAGCAGACCAGCUUUUUAAGAUCACCAGUCAGAUAAAAGUCAGCUCAUCAGAAAAAAACAACUACACAUGCACAUUUACAAAGGAUGGCCUCUCUGCAACAUUUCAUAUUCCAGAUGAACUACCGUCUCCUCAUGUAAAAAACGAUGCUCUCAUCGUUUUAUUGAGCAUAGUCGUGAUAAUGAUUUUCAUCGGUGUCGGAGUGUUCACCUAUCGACGACGAAAAGGAGUCAGCUCUCCCAGCACUCACAGCACCAGGAACCUCCUGGAAAGGCCUGCUCCCACAGCUGCUUCCUGUCAGAAAAGAGAUGACAACUAUGAGAACAAGAUAACUAUUUGUAAUGAAGGUCACACAGAGGAAAAUCUGGGUGCGGAGGAGCUACCUCAUAGGCUGCAUAACAAUGAUGGCCACCCUGUGGAUCUCCUCGCUUUACUCCCGGAAGCUGAUGAGACACUUUUCUUUGAGGGACCUCCAGGAAGCAGGAAAACAACUGUAGCCCACAUCCUGAUCUCAUCCUGGACUGAAGGGCCCACACACGCCCUCUCUAACUUCCUCGAUCUCAGCGGACUUCAUCUUCUCUUAUAUGUUGACUGCAGCACUUUGAAGCGUGACUUGUUUCAGGAGAUAAGAACUCACAAGAUAUCAACAGAAGAACUGAAGACAGUCUUAAACAGGACCAGCCAGGCUCUGCUCAUGUUGGAUGGUUACAAAGAAGGGAACCAGUCUCUUGAUUCAUUGCGGACGUUUUUACAUGAAAAAGUAGGUUGCAGGGUGCUGGUCAUGGCCAGCCCAGGAGACUGCCCUGUGCUUAAGCAAACAGUUGGGACUGAAGGAAUUCGAAAGCUCCAAAUGCAAACAGCAAAGUACUGAGUUUAAAAAAAGUUUCUGACCAACAAAAACUGUAUAUGUGUAAAAUAUUUAACAACUUAGGUUUUAUGUGUGUGUGUGUGUGCAUGAAAAAGAGAGAGUGAGAGAGAGAGAGAGAGAGAGAGACAUGUUUACAUUUUUUGAGCCCAAAUAUGCUGCACAGUAUAUUGAAUUCAGUGAUACAAAUAAUGAUUUUGUAUU